GGAUUUCGGGGUGUUUUUGUUUUUUGCAAUAAUAUAUAGUUAAUACACAGCUUACAAAUAUAGUGGAUUCCAACUUCAGAUGAGAAGAUGGGUUUCACUAUAUUUUAGAGAACAAAAACUGCUAAGCUGCAUAAUGUGGCCAAGGCAGGGGAGAGAUAAAGGAAAAGAAUGAACACAUUCUUUGAUACUGCGGAGGGAAUAGAUUUGGCAGAGGUUGUAAAAACAGAAGAUUGAGGAUCUUAAGGUGUGCCUUUUGAGUCUGUACAAGUUAAGUUCCUCAAUGCUAGAAAAAGGCAAUAGGGCAAAGAUGAGGAAGCUAACUGAAUCUGAAGUAGGGCUGCAUUGUUUAAAGUCUAGAAAGACAAGUCUUAAAAACGGGUGUAUUUGAAGGGCAUCUGCAAAAAGAUGGUGAUCAUUGCAGUUAUUUGAGAAAUGCUAAUAAAAAUAUAGAGGAAGAGUCUUAGAGGGAAGUUUGAAGGGAUACUAAGAGAAGCACACAGUAUGAGAGCAUCUAUUUAGAAUCUGGUAAAUGUCAAGAAAACAGAAAAUCCAGGUUAUCAGAUAUGGAGAGAGGUCAGGGAAUAUGGUGUUGUAGAAAAGGAUUUUUGAAAUGUCACAAGGAAAAUUUCUGGAGAAAAGAUUAGUGAUUUGAGGGCAGAGUCUACACAAAGAUGUACAAUUCUAAGAUUUGGAAACAUUUUUAAAACCUUAUGCAUUGAAAUGUUUCAAAAUAGAGUUAAAUGCUGGCUUCUCUUUAAGUUGUCAUUAUAAAAAGCAGAAUAAAUGUUUAUGCAGAAAAUGAAGUAACUGAGUGUACGUUUAGUCUAGUAAUUCCCCUCAUAUCUGGAGACCAGCUUAUGCUGAAAACAAUUCCAAAACCAAGUGUGGGGGAAAAAAUGUAUGCAAUACACUCCAAAGUGAAACCCAUUGGCGCAUCUGGCUGGCUCAGUCAGUAGAACAUGUGACUCUCAGUCUCAGGGCAGUGAGUUCAAGCCCCGCAGUUGGCAUGGAACCUACUUAAAAAGACAAGACUCCCAUAUGGACUAAUUUACUCUGCAUAAACUUAUAGCCACAUGUGGGUUCUGUGCACACAGAAGGUUAGGAGGUAACUGCAACACUCCGGCAAGGUACAGACAGCUGCCGGUGACCUAGAAGAUCCAAGAACUGAAAGCUAAGCCCUGCGUGAUUCAUUCUCUGAGCUGACAGCCUUACAGAAUUCAAGAACCUCCAUGCUCAAUUAUUUAAGAUCAUAACUAUCAUCUUGAAUAUCAAAAGUUUAUUUUCACUACAUAGCAUUUAGUACUAGAUAAGAGGUAGAUAGUACACUUUAGAAAUUCUUUCACUAGGAAUAGUUAAAAUAAUAAAACCUCAGGCACCUAAAAGGGAUGACUAUUAGUCACCUAUCCAGAAUUCAUUUCUGUGGACAUUGAAUUGCAUUAAGUGCUGGAUAAAUUGCUAUUGUAUCAGAGCACCUGCUAGCCCAAGAAUCAAAUGUUCCAAAUUUUUGUUGAAAGAGGAAUACUUAGGAGAAGACAGUAUCCUACUGGUGGAAAACACCUUAAGCUUAAAUUCCAAAUCAGAGUUUAUGCAGCAAGCAAGUUCAGCAGGAUGUGCUUGAAAAUUUCCACUCUACCUCCUCUCCCCACCCUCUGAGUCAAAUUGUGUUCUUACCUGUUAAAGAAAUCUGCCCUGCCUGUUAUACCUGUCAAGCCUAAUUUCUUGAACUUUACAUGAAAAGAUUGUUCUUUCUUAGGUUUUAGAGACUGAAAAACCAGAAAGAGUCUGGGAUGCUACCGGUUAAUGGCAAGAAGUUAAGUGGGAAAAGAAUCCUCACAUAGGCUAAGUACAUUUCUUCUGGGAAACCCAGCAAGAUUAGCAUACCCUUGUAAUUUUCAUAUUACCUAACAGCCAAUAAAAUGUGUACUAGUGUAUAGACUUGGGGAAGGUAUCAUUUUUGUGAUGGUAUCUCCCACCUUCCAUUCUCUCUGCCUAACUCCAUUCUACCAACAAUUUUUGUUCUGUGAUGGAGGAAUAAUCAGUGUAUAGAAGUUAAAGCACAUUUUUUAAAAGCAUUAUUUUUCUUUUUUAAAAAUUGAGGGUGAAUAUAAAAUGGUAGAUAAGAGCAUAGGUUCUGACAUUUGAACCUGGGUUCAAAUCCUAUUUUUGUUUCAUACUCAGUAUGGGUGACUUUAUCUCUGUUUCAGUUGCAUUCAUUCAGGUGGUUCUUACGCUUUGGUAUUGAUUAGCAUUGUUAGAGCAUUAAAACACUGAUUGCUAGGCCCCAUGUCCAGAGUUUGUAAUUCAGUAGGUCUGGGCUAGGGCCUGAGAUUCUGAUUGCUAACAAGUUUCCAGAUGAUGCAAUAGUUAGUGGCUUGGGGACCGCAUACCUUGAGAACCACUGCUCUUGAGCAGGGAUUUUUAAUUUUAGCAUUAUUGACGUUUGGGGUUGGAGAAUUCUUUGUGGCAGUGCCCUGUGCAUUGUAGGACAUUAAAAAUAGCAUCCCUGGCCUCUACCUACUAGAUGCCAAUAGCACACACCUAUUUGUUAAAACCAGAAAUGUCUCAGGGAGCAAAAUCACCCCUGGUUGAGAACUGCUGUGGCGAUACUAAUUCCAGAGACAGUUUCCUAAUCUGCUUUGGAUCAGAGGGUUCCAAAUGCCCAACCCGUGUCCCACCACAUAAUUAUUUGAUGAGCUUGUUAAAAGUCGAUUCCCAGCCUUCUUCAACUUUCCAGAAGAUUCUGAUGUACACCAGAUCCAGACAUUUAAUGUGGAUGCACCAUGCCAGACUGUAGAAGAUUUAACGAAUGGGGUUGUGAUGGCCCAGGUUCUUCAAAAAAUAGAUCCUGCAUAUUUUGAUGAAAAUUGGCUAAACAGAAUCAAAACCGAAGUAGGAGAUAAUUGGAGGCUAAAGAUAAGCAAUUUAAAGAAAAUUUUAAAGGGAAUCCUGGAUUAUAAUCAUGAGAUUUUAGGACAGCAAAUUAAUGACUUUACCCUUCCUGAUGUGAAUCUUAUUGGAGAACAUUCUGAUGCAGCAGAGCUUGGAAGGAUGCUUCAACUCAUCUUAGGCUGUGCUGUGAACUGUGAACAGAAGCAAGAGUACAUCCAAGCCAUUAUGAUGAUGGAGGAAUCUGUUCAACAUGUUGUCAUGACAGCCAUUCAGGAGUUGAUGAGUAAGGAAUCUCCUGUCUCUGCUGGAAACGAUGCCUAUGUUGACCUUGAUCGCCAGUUGAAGAAAACUACAGAGGAACUAAAUGAAGCUUUGUCAGCAAAAGAAGAAAUUGCUCAAAGAUGCCAUGAACUGGAUAUGCAGGUUGCAGCAUUGCAAGAGGAGAAAAGUAGUCUCUUGGCAGAGAAUCAGGUAUUAAUGGAAAGACUUAAUCAAUCUGAUUCUAUAGAAGAUCCUAACAGUCCUGCAGGAAGAAGGCAUCUGCAGCUCCAAACUCAGCUGGAACAACUCCAAGAAGAAACAUUCAGACUAGAAGCAGCCAAAGAUGAUUAUCGUAUACGCUGUGAAGAGUUAGAAAAGGAAAUCUCUGAACUUCGGCAACAGAAUGAUGAACUAACCACUUUGGCAGAUGAAGCUCAGUCUCUAAAAGAUGAAAUAGAUGUUCUUAGACAUUCUUCUGAUAAAGUGUCUAAACUAGAAGGCCAAGUGGAAUCAUAUAAAAAGAAGCUAGAAGAUCUUGGUGAUUUGAGGCGUCAGGUUAAACUCUUAGAAGAAAAGAAUACUAUGUAUAUGCAGAACACUGUCAGUCUAGAGGAAGAGUUAAGAAAAGCCAAUGCAGCUCGAAGUCAACUUGAGACAUAUAAGAGACAGGUAGUAGAACUACAAAAUAGAUUAUCUGAAGAAUCGAAGAAAGCAGAUAAAUUAGAUUUUGAAUAUAAGCGGCUAAAAGAAAAAGUUGACAGUCUUCAAAAAGAAAAGGAUAGGUUAAGAACAGAAAGGGAUUCUCUGAAGGAAACCAUUGAAGAGCUUCGUUGUGUACAGGCUCAAGAAGGACAGCUCACAACUCAAGGAUUAAUGCCUCUGGGAAGUCAAGAAUCUUCAGAUAGUCUGGCAGCAGAGAUUGUUACACCUGAAAUCAGGGAGAAACUUAUUCGUCUUCAGCAUGAGAAUAAGAUGUUAAAAAUUAACCAAGAGGGUUCAGACAAUGAAAAAAUUGCCUUACUGCAGAGUCUUCUGGAUGACGCAAAUCUACGUAAGAAUGAACUGGAGACAGAAAAUAGGCUGGUGAAUCAGAGACUUCUGGAAGUACAGUCACAAGUUGAAGAAUUGCAAAAGUCUUUACAGGAUCAAGGCUCAAAAGCAGAAGAUGCUAUUUCAGUUCUCCUAAAAAAGAAGCUUGAAGAACAUCUAGAGAAGCUUCAUGAAGCCAAUAAUGAAUUGCAGAAGAAGAGAGCCAUUAUUGAAGAUCUUGAACCACGAUUUAAUAACAGCUCCUUAAAAAUUGAAGAAUUACAAGAAGCUUUACGGAAGAAAGAAGAGGAAAUGAAGCAAAUGGAGGAACGAUAUAAAAAAUACUUAGAGAAAGCCAAAAGUGUUAUUCGUACUUUAGACCCUAAGCAGAAUCAAGGAGCAGCACCAGAAAUACAAGCUCUUAAAAAUCAGCUGCAGGAACGGGACCGACUAUUCCAUUCUUUAGAGAAAGAAUAUGAGAAAACAAAAAGUCAAAGAGAAAUGGAGGAGAAAUAUAUUGUUAGUGCCUGGUACAAUAUGGGAAUGACCCUGCAUAAAAAGGCGGCUGAAGAUAGACUUGCUAGUACAGGUUCAGGGCAGUCAUUUCUGGCUAGGCAAAGACAAGCAACCAGCACAAGAAGAUCUUAUCCGGGCCAUGUUCAACCAGCCACAGCAAGGUAGACAAGUCUUGCCAUCAGAAUUAAAAAACACCUGCAUUCAAAGCAUACUUCUGUUACAUACGACAACAUUUCAGGAAAUUCAGCCAGCUUAUUUUUUGUCUCUUUUAUGUUGAUAUUGUUUCUCAUUUGAGGACUUCUCCUGUAUCUAUAUUUUAGUUUCUUGGUUCUUUAUUUUUGUAGUCUUUUCGGUUCCUUUUAAUGUGCCAAAAAUUUUUAAAUGCCCAAUUAAAAGUGUUGUAUAAUAGUGUAGUACUUUUCUUUGUAUGAAAAUGUCCUUUCCCCAAUGGUGUAGGCUUUGUAAUGAAUUAGAUUUUCUGCCAAUAAUUGAUAUACAAUUUAUAUUCUUUAUUGUGCCUCUGUGUUACCAUGCUUUAUAAGAAUGUUUUUGUUUAAAGGGAAUUAAUCUUUUUAUGAUGUAUUACUCUGUGUUUUCAAUUGUUUUCCAAAUGCACUUAAAAUAACUUGCAUAUUUACUAUAUAAAAUGGUUGGCAAGUGCACUUUUUGCAAAGACAUAAAUACAUUGGCAGAGGUGCUAAUCAGAUGUUACCUAAGGCACCUGGUAGAUUUAUUUAGAGGGAAAAAAAAUGAGUUUUCCACAUUGUUUUAUAGGAAAUUAAAUUUGUCCAAAGAUUUGGAAACUAUUUUUAAAACAUACAUAAAAUUUCAUUAUUUCUUGCUAUCUUGUUUGCUGACAGAAGAUAAAUGCAUUGGUUAGGUUAUUUGGGCGGAAAUUACAGAAGAAAAAAAAUCAGGCAGUGCAUUAAUUUUUUUCUUGUUUUGGAAUAUCCUAGUAACUGAACAUCAAAUUCUAGCAAUGUGGUUGACAUUUAUAGUUUCAGUUGCCCUCCACAUCUAAAGGAUUUAUUUUUCAUGUACUUAGAAGUAAUAGGUAGCCUUACCUUUUGGACAGUUUCCUUGUUGACUUGCACCUCAUUUUACUUACUCUUCAAUAUAAACCCUUCAGUUUCUCAGUAAUUCCUAAACCUAACAUCCUAAUAUCAGUCAUUAAGAUCAAUAAGUGACUACUUCGAUGUGAUGUUACAACAGGUCUCUUAACAUUUUUUUCUUAAUUCUAUGUCCUAGUCCAAGACUUUGCUACUGAAUAGAUUCUCUUGGGUAUUUGGUUGCCUCAAAGUUCUUAGAUUUGUUGACAGAUUGUAAACCAUGUUUAUUUACAUUGAUGAAUGGCUGUCAAAUAAUAAUGAUUGUAAAGCACUUUGUAUAAAAGGUGCUAUAUAAGUGUGAAAUAUCAUUCAUUUGAUAAUGAAAUGCCUCUGCCUGACUUUCCAUAGUGACUUAAGAAUUUGGUCCCAAAUUAUAUUUAAGUUCCCCUCCAGCCUUUUUCUUGCAACAUAGCCAAUUUUUUUUUUAAAGCAAAAAGUUAUUGAAAUUAGGUUGAUUGGUUGGUUUUGGUUUUAGAUAGGUCAUCUAAUAAGAUUUUAUUUCAUGUACUUGCUAUUUGGAAGUUCAGGUUUUAUUUAGUCCUGUAUAUUAAAUAUAAACGAAUAACACUAAAUCAAGCUACAUUAAUUAAGGAUUUUCAGAAACUAUAUUUAGGUGUUUGACUUUAAAUCCUUACUUUUUUUUAAUAAGAAAAUUGACCUAAAAAUUAGUGUUUUCAUUUGUCCUCAGAAACUGUACUUGAAGAAAUGUAUUAAGAGCAUACACAGAAAUGACUCCAUGCAUUGUGCUAAUUUUUUACAUUAAGUACAGAAGUCUGAGCACAGUGUGAAUGCUUCAGCCUGAUAAGACUGUAAAGCAGGAAGAAUUUGUAAUAACAGAGAGAACCACAUGAGUAGAAUGCAUUGUGGGGCUUCAGGAAGCUAAGCAGACCUCAUCAACAUAGUUUUAACGAUAAAAGAUUAAAAACUAGUUAAAAUGGUUCUACCCCUGCCCCCUUAUUUCACAAAUAGCAUAAGCAUUUGGCUGUUUUAAAACAGGACAUGAACACUAACUUUGGUAACAUUAAAAUUAUUUGGGAAUUAUACUAUCUGCAGAAUAAGAUAGAUGAAAAUAAGAGUCUAUGAGCUGUUCAUUAAAUGGACUAUAUCCUAUGAGAUGAGAGGUUUUAAUUUUAGUUCUCUAUUUAUUGCCCCAGUCCUGGUCUACCUACCUACCUACUCAGAUAAAUUUCUCUAAACGGGAGGAAAAGGUGCCAGGCUUUUAGAAGCAGGUUUGACUUAUUUUUCUAUGGCAUCUGUUGCAUGCUAUUAUUUUGGUGUUUACAGUCAUAACUUUCACUCUCCUUUACUGUACCUUUAUAGUUUAGUAUGUUACUUUCAUUACAUAGAAGAAAUUAUAUUUCUAAACAUUCUGAUGCUUUUUCAAAAAGCAGGAAUAAAACUUAGCUGUAGCAGUGAGAACCCUGUUUCUGUUGCCCAGCUUUGGACAGGAUUUAGAAAUUGCUAUUUCUCCAGUAGUGAUUAAUAAUUUCUCAGGAGGUUUGUGAUGAUGCAUGCAUGGUCUGUCUGGAAGUUGAAAGCCAUUGGGCGCUUUAUCUAGAUGUGAGCUAUACAAUGCUAUAUUUUUACAAACUCCUUGUAUACAGUAGCUUCAUGAAGCCACAGUUCGCAUGGACAGUGGAGCUAGCCCUGGCCUCAGCAAUGGAGUAAGUACAGUGUUACUGCAUUAGGUUGGGGUGACCCAUCCCCGCAGUGUUGAAUUCUUAUCAACAAAAAGCUUAUUUUCUCUUUUCCUUCUAACCAGGGUAAGAAAAUACAAAGUAAAUAGCUAAAGAAUAUGAAAGAAUAACAUUUAUGUUCUGCGGUGUAUAUUUACAAAGUUUGUAAUAAAAAAAAAAUCCAACAAAUAUCGUAGUUUACCGCAUAGAAAAAGAGAAUAAAUAAUACAACUGUACAUAUCUUAAAAGAGCUUCAAAAACUCAAUCAUACCUUUUUAUCAUUUGUCUAAUUAAUAAUAACCAAGAAAAAGAAGUCCCUAAAUAAAGGACCCAUGUUCCAGAAUUGAUUGAUUGAAUUAUUUGUUUGAUAGCCCUAGCCUGGUAAAAUUGGCUUGUGGGAUGUGAGACGAUUAGAUUUUAAUAGGAUAAUUUUGUUGAAGUUUUAUUGUUUUGUUUAUAUAGUAAAAGUUCAGUUGUACAAAAUUAAGCUAGAUGUUCUCCAGUCAGAAACAUUGGCUUUUCUAUCUCAUUAGUCCCUGCACAGGCAUGAAAAUCCACACUGUGCAAAUAGAUCAGCAAUAAGUGACUGUUCAGUGAAAGAUGAGUUAGGCUGAAGAAAAGGUAAUUUUAUUAGCUACUUUAUUCACAUCUCCUUUUCAGUAACAGCUUUGUUUACUUUUGUUAGCUAAUGAUAAAUAUUUUUGAGUGUCUCUUGCUCUCAGACAAGCAUUCAUCUUUUCAAGAUAACACCAUGUUAAAAAUUUGAAAAUCUCUCUCCCAGUAUGAGAAGUAUCUUAAAACAAAAAUCGAAGUUUUUAGAAUUAACUCUCUGCACUUAAUUUCCAAUUGUCUAGGUCUCAGACUUUGGAGUGUUACAGUUAUCCCCAUUUGGAACACGUGAGAUUAUCUGAAAAAGCAUCCACAACCCACAGCUAGUGUAAACCUAGGUAGUUUACAGCCCCAUGGAUAAGAACAACCGUGAUCCUAAAAUGAGAGGAAAGUGCUUGGUGUCUUGCUUUUUGCUAACUACAGAAUAACAUUAAGACAAAAAGCUUUUUGUUGUCUUUUCAUUAAACUAUGGAAGGAAACUUUGACUUCUUAGCCUUAUAUUAUGAAGGGAUUCUCAUCAAGCUGAUGUAGCAUUAUACUUCUUCAAAAUCAAGCCGGUGUGAAACCCUGAAGUAGAUGGAGUGUAUUAAACAAAAGAAAUGGGGUAUCAGAGUCUGAAAAUUAUUUUAGUGUGCUUUUUAUUUUCCCUUUUUAUAAGUUAAGGGGGUUUCCAUUCAAUAAUGAUAAUCUCUUUUUCUAUAGUCCCAACUGUCAAAACAGCAGCUUAUUUUGGUAGUUGUACAACCCAGUUUCAUUACAUUUAGAAAGGGCUUUCAGAGCUUAUUCUUUGUAACUAUAAUGAUUUUAAUAUUUUAUACCAUGAAGUUUUUAUAUGAGGAAGGCUAUUAAUGUAUCUGUCAUCCAAUUUUUUACUUUAUCUAUAAAGCAUAUUUAAAUAAUAAUUGGUGUAUAUGUUCCUUUUAUUGAAAAUUUUGAAAAAUGUUUUGUCCAGUUUAAGCACAAUAAUUUUAUUCUAAAGUUUUGUAGUAAAAACUGUUCAUUUCUCAGAAACCCAAGAAACAAAAUAAUUUGCUACUGACACAGCUAAUUUCUGCCCUUCCCUAUUCCCCAAAAUCACAGAAGUAUUAAUAUUUAGCUUCCUUUUUAUAAAAUGAAGGACAGCACAAAUGUGAUGAUAUCCAUCUCUUUUAAAUCAUUGAUUAUGUUCUUGGGAAGAAUGAAUGUAUGAUUAUGUUGUUAAAUAGGCUUUUAUCAAUCCAAUCCAAUUCAUAUGUGUUAUCUAUGAAUAUAAAAACUUACGAAGUUUAUUUAAUGUUAUCUUAAACUAUACUUGGAUUCUUCAUAUUGCACUUAAAUUGAUAGAGAAAGGAACAUUAGUUUAUUUGAGAGACGAGAGACCUGAACCUAAUUAUGGCAAGUAUAUGAGUUUUGACGAUUGUAGGGGGUCUAUACAUGUUUCCUAACAAUUAUGUGAUGUCUCUCUUCAUUAUUUUUCUAUCUUCCAGUAAUAUUCUAUAAGAUAGGUUUGUAUGCUGUAUUUAUAAAUGAGCAUUAAAAUCUGAGAAAGUAACAAAAGCUGUUAAGGCAAAUCCAUUCCUAGAAAUUAGAAUGGAUUAUCGGGACAAGAAAUGGCCUCAUUGUAAACAAAUAACCAAGUGGAUGGAAGUACUAAUACAAUUAAAAAUACCACUGUCUUAACAAGUGUUCCUAAAGUGACAGUUUACAUAAAAUCUUCUGACUUUCUUAACAUGAUCAUUAAAUAAAGAAGAGACAAAAAUAUAAUUUAUUUUCUAACUGCCCUUCUCUUCAGUGGGCAUUAACUGGGCAUACAAUAUUCACUAUACGUUUAUCAGUGGAGGGGAAAGCAUCUAUUUUCAUUUUGAAACUGUUACCAUUUCUAAAUCUAAGACAGUGACUUGAAGCCAUUAAGGAUACUAUGAUUUGAUAAGAUGAGAAGAAAUCUGUGGUGGCUGAAAAUUACUACCGACUUCUCUAGGUCUGCUUUAUCUAGUUUAUAAACCUUAGGCUCAAUUUUAUGUUCCUCCCUGAUUAGACAUAAUAGCCUCCCAAAAAAAUUUUGUUUAAAUUGAAGGCAAGGGUAGAGAUUUAAAAAAAUAUAUUCAAGAGAGUCUUUAUGUACCUGAUAAAUUACCCCUAGGCUCAGAAUUAGAUCGUUAGAGUCUUGAAGAUUAAGAUUAAAUCAUCAGAAAAAGUGUCCAUAGCCUCAAACUUAUAUCUACUCAGAGCUUAAAGGAAGAAUUAACUAUCAUGACAAGAAUAAUCUCAAAGUGAGAGGGAAACUACCAAAGCAUGUGUUGCUUUAAUGUAUGUGGGGGGACUUCUGAGCAGGUGUUACCACUUACAAGAUCUCGAAGUUGACAAAGGAAAAUAAUUAGUUUAGCAAUUAUAUUGCUAAAAUUAAUAAAAGGGAUGCGUGUUUAUUCUUGGUGUAUUUGUCAACGUAUGGGCAGUGAUUACUGUAUAUACAUUCUAUAGUGUGUUUGUGUCACUAUUAGAGAUAAGUGUCUUAAUAUUCACUGUUACAUCUAAUCAUUUAUGUAUUAUUUAUACUUUAUUGCAAGACUCACAGCACUUUACUAAUAUUAGAUAAUUAUUUUUCUUCUACUUUUCUGUGGUGUUUUUGAUUUGUAUCUUUUACAACUAGGGUUUUUUUCCCUUUUUUGGAGCACUCACUAUGAAAAGUGUAAAAGAUCACCCGAAGAAAUGGGCUCUGUACUCUCUCUGAAAUGUCUAAAGUGGGAUCUGAAAAUCUAAGUCUAGAGAUCUAUUUGAAGCUGGAUUGGAGCUGCUAGGCAUCAAUUACAUUUUAUAUUUCACAUUAAUAAGACUUUUAUAAGUCAAUACUCAUGAAGUCAAGUUCUCUCAAAUGCCAACACACUUGAAACUUUUUGUUUUCUGGAGUUGCUUUAAUAAAAAGUAAACAAUCUUCUAGUUAAAACAUGUUCUAACCUUUGGUUUGCCUCUCUCCUAAAAUACAAACCUAUCAAUUGCCCUUCACUUUCUUUCAUAGUUUCUUCAUCAUUGCCUAGACCCAAAGACAGGAGAAAGAAAGCCAAGUUCCAGGAGCUCUGAAGUCAGAGAAUCUGCGAAAUGGUGGGGGUUAGCUGAUGGGAAAAGGCAGACACUACAGAUGGCAGAAUGCUACAGAAAUAUUCUUCGUUCUGCUGUAACAUGUGCUUAAUGAACUUGGCUAUUAAGUUCAAAUGCAGCAAAGUUUUCAGCUUGGUCUAUUGAGAGGUGUCUUUAAGACUUAGGACUCUUCCAUUUGUAACUGAAAUAUUUGUUGUUAGGUAAACAUUGACACGUGAUUACUGCCAAAGAAUAGGGAGAUUUACGCAUAAGAACAUUCUCUUAAGAGUUUUGUUUUGUGCUUUUACACGAGAGAAAUGCUUUUAUAGUGUGAAAAGUUUCUGUAGUAUUUUCUUCUUCAUUACCCCCUGUUCUGCUAAUGCUUUUUGCUUAAGCAAGUCACCUAGAAGAGAGUAACACUGAAAUAGAGAAGUCUAGACCCUGACCUUUGAGGGAAGAUUUGCUUUUGUUCCCCUAAAGUAAAAAUUUAAAAAUGAAAUACACUCAUACACACACAGACAAAAUAUAAUGUUUUGAAUAUCUACUAAUUGUUGAAUAGAUAAGUUCUCUUCUAAAUGUCUAUCAUCCAGUCAGUGGCUUUUUGCUAAUUUAGAUAAGAGUAGAUUCUAGACCUACAUUGUCCAAUUAGCCACUGGCCACAUGGUGAUUUAAAUUAUAAUUAAAUAUUAAAAAUAAAACUUUGGUUCUUCAGUCACCUAGCCACAUUUCCAGUGCUUAGUGCCACACAUGGGUAGUGGUUACCUUAUUGAACAGCAUAAAUACAGAACAUUUCCAUCAUUGCAGAAAAUGCUUUUUUACAGUGCUAUAAUGCCCAAAUGGAAAGACAAAAUAAAAGUAUUCAAUUAACUUAUAAUAACUCUUAGCUUUCUUCAACUAUGGAAGUAAAAUCUGUUUUUCUUAUAAAAAUUAACACCAGCCCUUUUUAAAGACUUUGGAAAAAUCAAAACCCCAUCCCUUGAAACUAGUUUUCAAUAUAUUUUUAAAUAGGUUUUCAUCACUUUACUUUCCAAGUGAUAUAAUUAAAUCAUUUCAUAAAUCAUAACAGUAUCUUCAGGCUUUUCUCCCCUUUUUGUAGUCUUUUCAAAUUGAUGAUACAUAGUUUCUAACACAGCAGAAACCAGUGAAUUCUUAAUUUAUUUACAAAUAAAAAUUGUUAAACAUCCUUAUCUUCCAUUAUUUUUAAAAAUAUAUGUAGAUCUAAUGAAAGUGGAGACAAAAGUUUAUGUCCCUUUAAACAUUUCUCCCUAACAUCACAUUUGAUUAUUUACUCCCUAAAGGCACAUCAUGAUCCAAAUUAUCUUUUUGGUUUUCCUCAUAGUGUUUCUUGCUCUUACUAACUUAGAUUAUGAAUCAAGUUCAGUUUCAUGUAUAAAGCAAGCAUUUUAUUCUAGUGACUUAAUGAAACAUUUUUAGUAUUAUUUUACUUCUUAACAUAACGAAAAGGAUGUAUAUGGCUGCAUCUUUGAAUUUUUUAAUGAAAAUAAGGGACUAAUCAUAAUUGUUUUGAGUCAGCUUGGUGCUUAGUUAAAACUAUCCUGUUAGGAAGUCAUGAUGCUUUCCUCUUCCUUUUUAAAUAUUUUAAAUCAGGCAACAGACUCAAUCCAGUAGUGUCAAAUUCCAAGUAAAUUAUGAAAUUCUUGUUCAAGUACAGAUGGAUAAAUGGUGUGAUUUGAGGUGGGCUUUUUUUUUUUAAUUGUUGGCCUAAUUUAAUGUGUGUACUACGGAGACUCAUGUUAAAGGAAAUUUUCAUUACGCUUGAAGUAAAUAGUACUUUAGUAUAAAUACAGGAAAUGACUGUACACAAAUGCCAAUGAUUUGAGGCCUUUUAAUUUUUAAUAGUAGCCUUUCGUUUUUUAAUAGCCUUAGUUAUUUAAAAUUUAGUUGCACUAAAAUGUUAUUGCUGUCACUAACUUUGCUGUGUACAGGUUAUGUGUAAUUCAGAAUGCUUUGCACUUAGAAGAAUAAUUUCUAGGUUUAUCUUGUUUUGCAGUUUUCAUGUUUUGACAAUUGCCCCACCAUUUAUAACACCCAAUUUUUGGUUGUGUAAUGAAUGGUAAAAUUCAAACAUAUCUAAUAAUUUAAUAAUUUGCCUUAUUUUGGUUAAUAAAUUCUAUCAAAGAUUUGAGGUUAGAAAAAGGCUUUUUUUUCCUAUAUAUUUUUUAAACUUUUCAGAUGAGCUGGAAAACACCUUAGUACAUUGGAGUUGGAGUUGUAUUGAUUACAGUCCCAGCUCUAAAGCCUUAUAUUCAUGUCUUAAGUAUUAUUGAUUUUUCUAUGAAUUGUUGUUACUUUCCUAUUUGGCAUCAUAGUUAUCCAUCUUGCAGUUUAGCUUUUGCAAAAAGGGUAUUACUAGGUAUAUUCUUAUUUCUGGUUGACUACUGAAUUUAUAAUUUGACAACUUCAUUCUUUGUCACUAUAAUCCAAAAAUGAAAUAAAUUCACAUAGGACUCAAAAUUUCUCAGUUCACAGAUGGAAUCAGUACAGAUAUAGCAACAUUGUACAUAAUGGCAUCCAAGGAGUUUUCCAUGUGUUUACCAAGUUUACCAACCAUUUACUGUAUAUUAGAUCGGUGGGUUUUCUCACUGUUUUUCUGAGGUGACUGACUCGUUAGCCUCAGUAAGAAAUUUUCAUUAAAAUCACAACAUAAAGUCCAAUAAACCACUAGAAGACAGAUUUUUAAUUUUUUUGAAAUCUUAUAUUGUAUUUCCUUUUGAUAUCACUUAUUCAUUUUAAUUUUAUGACUGCCAACUUGUUAUGGUAUUAAUUAUAUGUAUAUGUUUAUAUGUAUGCAUAUAAUAUAUGUAUAUGUAUAUGAAGAAUAAAGUUAAGAUUUGGUCAAACUAUAUUUUCCCAUUCAAGUACAAAAAUGUUUUCAAGGCUGCAAAAAGUGUACAGUUGUUAAACAAGUUGUAAAUAAAGACUUGUAUAAAAAAUCA